GGUACUCUACUUUCACUCACAAGAGCCCCGCUUUGCAUUACCAUGUAUUCUUCCAAAUAUGCGCCCAAGCGGGAAGACGUUUCUCCUCUCCAAGCUGCUGUCGCUGCGCCUACGACGCAGACCGAUUCGGCCCAAACUCCGGACCCAGAGCCGGCUCAUCUCCAAGAGCCAGCUCCCCCGAUAGCUUCGUCUAUCGAGCCCGCGUAUACAAUGGACCCCUUGGUGGACGAGUUUGCCCAGACGCGGCCGCCCGAUGACCUCUUCGACGACGACUUCACACCUGUUGCCGAGUCGCAAUUGGUCUAUGACCCACCUCCACAAGCGCCUGCUGCCCAGCCUGAGCCGACAUUUCGAGAGCCGCGGUACAGUAACGCGUCGAAGGGGGAGCUGCCACGCGGCGUUCCCCGAGGACCUCGAGGGCGAGGGCGUGGCAGUGGUCGCGGUGCAAAUACCUCCGCCGCUGCUUCGGCACCUAAAUCGUCCUCCAAUACAGGAACCGCAAGCACAAACACGCAAGAUGGAGCUGCCGCGGCUGCCAACGGGUCUGACGAAGCGAAAACAGCAGUCGAUGCGGCUUCGACUUCCCCUCCCGCUUCGGCACCUACGGGGCCUGCAGCAGGCAAGCCCGUACCGUCCGUCCGCGGUGAUCGCAGCCUGACUGGGGGCCCUGCGAAGAAGAAGCUCACCGAAGAUGAACUGAACGCCAAGCUUGCGGCCAUGUCUCUCAAGAACAAGGCCCUCACGGAGGCGCACGAGAAGGCGCAAGCUGAUCAAGACGCGUUCGCUGAACGGGAAAAGAUUGCCGCCGAAAAGAGAAGAAUUGAGCGGUUGGAGCGGCAAGCCUUGAUGGGCGAGCGAGAGAAGAAUCGCCAGAGGAAGCUGCAGGUCAUGAGUGGACGGGAAUGGGACGCCGGGAAGAACGAGGACGAUUUCAAGGACGAGGGGAGACGUGCGCGGCGGGGCGCUCAUGGAGGAAUCGCGGGGACAAGGCACGCCGCGCCUGUCGGAGGAGAGGGUGACGGCGAUGUACCCAACGGAGGCGAUGGCGCCCAGCGCGACGGACACGAAGGGUCGAGAGGCCGCGGCCGAGGUCGCGGAGGACGGGGCCGCGGGCGCGGCGACCACCAUAACCACCACCACCACCAUUCCACGCCGCACAAGAAAGACGUCCAGCAGUCCGUGCCGACGUCUGCAGACUUUCCGGAACUGCCGUCGGCCGCUCCGCCGCCCAAGACGGACGGCGGCCUGCCACGGGACCUCGAGUUCCCGCUGAAGAAGAAGGCCGCGACUACAGAGACCCCCGCCAGGAUCGACACAACGCCGCACAAGAACGGCGCUGCAGCGACAGCGGAGGAGAAUACGACGAAGGCGGCGGCGGCCCAGGGCGAAUCGCGGCCGCAGCUGGAUAAGCAGACCAGCUUUGGCUUCUCGCCGGCCGCUGAGAAGCGCAGCUGGGCUGACCAGAUGGACGCGACGAGUCCUUGAGCGCGCUCUCUUCCUCGAACCCACGUCAUGUGUCGUGUUCGCUUCACUUGAACGCUCUUGUUCUACUUUCUCUGAUUGGUGUUUUUUUUUUUCGGCUCUUGCAUGGGAGGCUUUAUAUUCUCCGUGAACAGAACAAAAAACAGAACAUGAAUUUGAGACCAGGCAUAGCGUUUGCAGAUACCCCUCUCCAGAUUGUCAUUCAGAAGCAGCAUAAGCGCUGACUGUGCUGGGUGGUUGUGCAAGCACAAGAGAAAAAAAAAAUUAGUCAAACAGAGAAUCAAAGGUUGUGAUGCUGACAUGCAUCAGCAUUUUUCACUUUCAUUGCUACU